AUGGAAGCUCCAGGACCGCCUCCGCCAUGCGGGGGCCUCGUCGGACCUGCCUCGCCUGCUCCUCCAUCCAUUGCCCCAACUCCUCUUCCCGUGAAGCACAUCUCUGCCGCCUCUGCGCGUUCUGGAUCUGCUGUCCUCCCGCAUUCUCAUUUCGUCGAUGGUGGAGGCAGCAAGAAGAAAAAGAAAAAGAAAGGAAACAAGAACAAUAUAAGCAAACCUAUGCAACAAGAAGAUGGAAGUCAUGUUCCAGAAUCGCAAGCAUAUGAAUCAAUUUCUAGUUUUACCCAAAUCCUUAUGGCUGACCAAAGGCAUGACUUAUAUUGGAUGAUACAGAUCUCCUGGAAAAAAACAUGGGGAUGGGACAGGCUGCUACCAUUCAGAUGCGUGUCGUGGUCUGACUAUAGCAAGUACCUCGAAGAUUAUUACCGUCGCAAUGCUGCUGGUCAGCUCGUCGUUCCUAGUGCUGCUGCAGUUGCUACGGGUAGCAGAAUAGCUGCUCUUGCUGAUAUUGUAAGUAACCCCCCUGCCCCUUUAUUAAACCACCCAAUCAUAUCCUCCUCCUACUUUUUUUACACGCUUAUAUAUCUUCUUGACGUCUUUGACGAUGACAUUCCUGAGGAGAUUAACCACAGCCGCAUAAUACGGAUCCGAACCUUGUAUGCUAUGAUUGACAUGCUGUUGAAGCCUUCUUUUGCUGCUGAUGGGAACAAGAUUGGUAAGGAAGAAUCUGCUAGUAUUGAUGGUCCUAGUGGUGAUGGGAAUGGCAUUGCUGCUGAUGAAGCAACAAAUAUUGCAAGAGGAUACAGAAGAGAGGGAGAGAAGAUGUCGUCGAAGAAGAACUACUAUAAGGAGAAGAUGAUGCGGCGGAAAGAGGAGAAAAAAGAAGAACCAGAGACACCCAGGUAUCGUGAUCGUGCUAAGGAGCGUCGUGAAGAUCAAAACCCAGAUUAUGAACCUACAGAACUUGGUUCAUUUCAUGCAGUGGCACCUCCUGGGACCGAUUUGAGGUUGGCAGAUGCCCACAAGAUUUCAAUUGAGAAAAGCAAAUAUCUCGGAGGUGAUCUGGAGCAUACACAUCUGGUGAAGGGCUUGGACUAUGCACUACUUCACAAAGUACGGAGUGAAAUUGAAAAGAAACCUGAUGCAGAGGAUGGGAAGGAUGCAAAGUCAAGGGCAACCAAAGAAGAUCAGGCAGUCUCCUUUCGCACUGCAACUGCAAAGUCUGUCUACCAAUGGAUCAUAAAGCCUCAAAGCAUAAUUAAAGAGAAUGAAUUGUUUCUUCCUGGUCGUAUGUCAUUUAUUUACAAUAUGGAGGAGGGAGUAACCAAUGAUAUUCCAACAACUCUUCAUAGGAGCAAAGCUGAUUGCCCGGUUCCAGAGGAGAUGGUGACAGUCAGCGUUGAUGGUUCUGUACUUGACAGGAUUGCUAAAAUUAUGACAUACCUUCGGCUUGGAUCAUCAGGGAAGGUCUUGAAGAAAAAGAAAAAGGAGAGAGACAUAAAAGGGAAGAGCAAUUUGGUAAGUGGUGACUAUGAUGAGCCAGUAAAACCUUCCCAAAUUAAUGGUUCUACUCUGAAACAUCAAUCAGAUAUGCCACCACCACCAGCUCCACCCCCUCGGAACAAUAAUUUCAAUGGAAAGGAGAAACAACCAGUCCCUGUUGCAAGAGCAGACGAUGAUGACAUUUUUGUUGGAGAUGGAGUUGACUAUUCAGUUCCUAACAAGGAAAUGAGUCAGAGCCCUAUUUCUGAUAUGGAUGAAUCCCCACGUAGCCAUCAGAAGCAGUCCAAUUUCACUGAACCCAUGUAUGGCCCAGUACCACCAUCUGAACCUGCUCAAGCUUGGCAACAGCCGAAUGGGUAUGAUGCUGUUCAAGCCCAGAUGGCAGCUGCUGGAUAUCAAGGUGACUGGUCAAGCUAUGUGUAUGCAGAGCAGCAGUUGGGUUAUCCAGAACAGUAUGUGCAGCAAAGCACCCAGGAAUACGACGUGUUAGCUGAUCCUAGUAUAUCCCAGGAUCCGAGGUUCAUGACUCAAGCAGACAAGGAUCGGGGUUUAGGUUCUGUUUUCAAACGUGAUGAUCAAAGGCUUAAUCAGCUGAGGGAAAAAGAUGCACGAGAGAGAGAUCCAAAUUUUAUCUCAGAUAGUUACUCAGAGUGUUAUCCUGGUUACCAGGAGUAUAAUAAUGAGAUUGCGGGAAGCGAUGAUGAAGAUGAUUUAUCAAAGAUGGAUAUGGGUGGACGGGCGAAGGGCCGCCUUCACAGGUGGGACUUUGAGACUGAAGAGGAGUGGGCAAAGUACAACGAUCAGAAAGAAGCCAUGCCAAAGGCUGCCUUCCAGUUUGGGGUGAAGAUGCAGGACGGCAGGAAGACCAGGAAGCAGAACAAGGACCAGAAGCUCACGAAUGACCUCCACAAGAUCAACAAGAUCCUGGCUAGGAAGAAGGGCGAGAGAGAUGGGGCGGAAGAUGGCGGUCACUAUGAUGAUGAUUUACCUAGCUCGAAGAAACAGCGUGGCUGA